AAAAGCAAAACAACAACAACAAAGUAUCUGCGUGUGUGUGUAUAUGUGUCUGUGUGAAUGUGAAUGUGUCUUAACUCAAAACUAACAACAAUAGCGACAACAGCAAAUUAGUUAACAAUACUAACCAAAAGAAGAAGAAGAAGAAGAGGAAGAAACGCAAAAGGAUUGAAUUGCUGUUGCAAGGCUGCGCCAAGUCUGUCUCCCGAUGCCUCGACAAAUGCCGCAACAGCAGCAGCAGCAACAGCAGCAGCAGCAGCAGCAGCAGCAACAAUAGUAAACAAAACAAACAGCAACAACAACAACAAACAAACAACAACAACAAACAACAAUUCAUACAGACAGCCCACGAAUGCAGCCAACAUUGCCACAAGCCGCUGGGACAGCCGAUAUGGAUCUGACGGCUGUUCAAUCAAUCAACGAUUGGUUUUUCAAAAAGGAGCAAAUUUAUUUAUUGGCACAAUUUUGGCAACAGCGCGCUACAUUAGCCGAGAAGGAAGUGAACACACUCAAGGAGCAACUAUCCACAGGCACGCCCGGCAGCAACAGCGACAGUAACAGCGAGAACAACAACACAUCCGAAUCAGCAGGAGCAACAGCAGGAGCAACAGCAACAGCAGCAGCGGCAGCAGCAGCAGCAGCAGCAGCAGCAGCAGCAACAUCAUUGGCCAGCGGCGAAGAGGAAGCCACUGGAGGAAGCGAGGGCGAGAGCGACAAGCUGUUGAAUAGCUCGAUUGUUGCAGCGGCCAUAACGCUGCAACAGAACGGCGGCAAUCUGCUGGCCAACACAAAUACACCGUCGCCAUCGCCGCCGUUGCUCAGCGCCGAGCAGCAGCAACAGUUGCAGAGCAGCCUGCAAAACGGCGUCGGCGUCGGCGGCGCUUGCUUGAAUCCCAAGCUCUUCUUCAAUCACGCCCAGCAAAUGAUGAUGGAGGCGGCAGCGGCUGCUGCAGCGGCGGCCCGGGCAGCAGCAGCGGCAGCCCAGCAACAGCAGCAACAGCAAUCGCCAAUGCAUUCGCCCAUCGCGGCAACUGCAAUAAGCACAACAACAACAACAACAACGACGGCAACAGCAACAGCAACUGCUGCUGGGGCAGCAGCCACACAACAGCAAUCAGCACGAGAUAUUGCUGAGCCGAUAGCCAGCAGCAAUUGCAACGAUGACGAUGAGGACGAUGACGAGGAGGACGCAUCGAUGCAAUCGAAUGUGGCGCAUGCCGAUGGCGAUCUAGACGACGAUGAUAUGGAGCUGGAGCCGGAGCAUGUGGCUGAUACGGGCAGCAUUGCUGCCGUCGAGCCGACAUUGGCAAGAACUGAAAAUGUUGCCGAUGCGAAUGCAAUUGCGGCCAACAAUGAUCAACACGAUGCCGAUGAUGAUGAUGAGGGCGAUGAGCGAGGUAUCGAUGCCGAUGCCGAUGCCGAUGUGCCGGCCGAUGAGCAACAGGAUGAGCUGGUAGCUAGUUUAAGUGUGAACAACAACAACAAUAACAACAACAACAACAACAACAACAAUGCCGAUAGCUGUAGUCGAAAGAACAAGAACAACAGUGAAACGCAACAUGUUGCACUGCGUGAUAAUAAUGUAAAUGAGCAACAUGUGGCACAUAGCGCCGAGGAUGACGAUUGCACCAACAAUAAUACUAACACCAACAACAACAACAACAACAACAACAGCAACAGCAAUGAGAAGCGCAAAAAGCGCAACGCCAGCAACAACAACAAUAACAACAACAACAACAAUCAGCCCGCUGUACUAUUAGCUGCCAAAGACAAAGAGAUUAAAGCACUUUUGGAUGAGUUGCAACGCCUGCGCGCCCUGGAACAAACUCACCUGGUACAAAUCCAGAGGCUCGAAGAGCACCUGGAGGUGAAGCGACAGCACAUAAUGCGCCUGGAGGCCCGCUUGGAUAAGCAGCAGAUAAACGAGGCGCUGGCCGAGGCAACGGCAUUGGCUGCCGCUGUGAAUGCUGCUGCGACAAACAACAAUAAUAGCAACAGCAGCAACAACAAUAACAACAACAACAACAACAACAAUCACAGCAGCCAGAGCAGCGACAACAACAAUGUCGUAUUCAAGACAACUGAUCUAACAUCGACCCAUCGACACAACGACGAUGAUGACGAUGACGAUGACAAUGAUCGUGAUAAUGAGCUGCGCGACGCCGAUGGCGAUGAUGAUGACGACCUGCAUCUGACCAAUAGCGAGCAACAGCAGCAGCAGCCGCAACAUUCAGCUUUACUCAACAAUCGCCACGACGAUGAGCAGGACAAGGAGGAUGGCGAGGAGCAUGAUGCAGAAAUAGCGAAUGCCACAGCCGCAGCGGACAGCAAUGAGCUGAAAAUCAAAAAGGAGCAGCACAGUCCACUGGACCUGAAUGUGCUCAGUCCACAGUCGGCGAUUGCCACAGCCGCCGCGGCCGCAGCAGCCGCUGCCUGUGCCAACGAUCCCAACAAAUUCCAAGCCCUGCUACUGGAGCGGACCAAGGCCUUGGCCGCCGAGGCGCUCAAGAACGGCAGCACCGAUGCCGUCAGCGAUGAUGCCGCCACACACCACCAACUUCAGCAGCAACAGCAGCAGCAGCAGCAGCAGCAGCAACAGCAACAGCCCCAGCUGCAGCAGCAGCAACUUUUGCACAACAGCAGCAAUAGCAGCAACAGCAGCCUGACCGGCAGCGAUCCGCUGAAUCAUCACCAUCACGCACACCAUCACGGCAGCAUGGGGCAUGGCCAACUGUUGCAUACGGCACACCAUUUGCAUCAUGGCGCCGACUCGAACUCAUCCAGCGCCAACAGCACACCGAACAGCACCGCCCAGCUGGCGGCGAGCAUUGCCAGCACGCUGAACGGCAACAAGUCGCUGUUGCAGGCAGCGGCCGCUGCCAAUGUGGCGGCUGCCGCCGUUGCCGUUGCCGAGGACAACAACAACAGUCUGACCCCCAAUGCGAACGCGGCUGUGGCCGCAGCAGCAAUGGCUGCCCAUGCCCAGCAUGCGGCUGCUUUGGGUGCGCCCGGCUUCCUGCCCAAUCUGCCCAGCCUGCCAUUCCAGUUUGCGGCUGCCGCGGCCGCUGGCCAGGAGGCGCGUGCCCACUUUCGGUUCGCGGACGCCGAGCUGCAGCUGCAGCCGGGCGUUUCGAUGGCGGGCCGUUUGGGUGAAUCGCUGAUACCCAAGGGUGAUCCCAUGGAGGCCAAGCUGCAGGAGAUGCUGCGCUACAACAUGGACAAGUAUGCCAAUCAGGCACUGGACACGCUGCACAUCUCGCGACGCGUUCGCGAGCUGCUCUCCGUGCACAACAUCGGCCAGCGUCUGUUCGCCAAAUACAUAUUGGGCCUGUCGCAGGGCACCGUCUCCGAGCUGCUCAGCAAGCCAAAGCCCUGGGAUAAGCUGACAGAGAAGGGUCGCGACAGCUACCGCAAGAUGCAUGCCUGGGCCUGCGAUGAUAAUGCCGUCAUGCUGCUCAAAUCCCUCAUACCCAAGAAAGAUUCUGGACUGCCACAGUAUGCUGGUCGCGGCGCUGGCGGCGAUGAUUCCAUGUCCGAGGAUCGCCUCGCACACAUACUCAGCGAAGCCUCCUCCCUGAUGAAGAGCAACGUGGUCGCCGCCCAGCAGCAACAGCAGCAGCAGCAGCAGCAACAACAGCAGGAGCACCAGCGUCGUCAUGCCAGCGACGAUACGCACAGCAACGAUGACAGCAAAUCGCCGCCACAGAGCUGCAGCUCGCCCUUCUACAAGGUGGAGCAUCAGAUCAAACAGCAGCAGCAGCAGCAGCAACAGCAGCAGCAGGCGCAGCAGCAGCAGCAGCUGCACGUCUCUGACCAUGCGCAGCGCGAGCAACGCGAGGCGGCCGCCGCCGCUGCCGCCGUUGCCGUCCACCAGCAGCAGCAGCAACGCGAGCAGCGCGAACAGCGUGAGGCUGUGCAGCGCGAGCAGCAGCAACGACUGCGCCAYGAGGAUCUCGCCCAGGACAAGAUGGCGCGUCUCUACCAAGAGCUAAUGGCGCGCACACCGCGCGAAGCAGCCUUCCCCAGCUUUUUGCUGUCGCCGUUCUUUAGCGGCGCCGCUGGCAUGCCUGGAGCAGCCGCCAAUCCAUUCCCCGCUGCCAUGGCCGCCGAUGAGAAUAUGCGUCACGCCUUCGAGCGUGAGAUCGUGAAGCUGCAGCAGCAGCAGCAGCAGCAACAACAACAGCAACAGCAGCAGCAGGCGCAGGCCGCCAGCUUUCCCAACUUUUCCAGUUUGAUGGCACUGCAGCAGCAGGUGCUGAAUGGCGCGCAGGAUCUGUCGCUGGCCGGCAAGGAUAUCAAGCUGAAUGGCCAGCGCUCGGCGCACGAUCAGCACAGCGGCAGCGGCAGCAGCUCCAAGGAUGGCGAACGCGGCGAUGAUGUUGCCGAUCGCAGCUUUCCCGCCCUGCCGCACGCCCGCAAAUCGGAUGGCGGCAACACGCCCGCACCACCCGCACCGUCCGCCGUCAAUGCGGCCGGCAGCGGCAGCAAUCCGCUAGCCGCCGGCAGCGUCGCCGGCAGCGUCGCCAGCGGCCAUGGCAGCAACUCGGCUGCGCCCAGCCCAUUGAGCAACUCGAUACUGCCGCCAGCGCUGAGCAGCCAGGGCGAGGAGUUCGCGGCCACGGCGAGUCCGUUGCAGCGCAUGGCCUCGAUCACCAAUUCGCUGAUCACACAGCCGCCGGUGACACCGCACCACUCGCAGCCGCAGCGGCCCACCAAGGCGGUGCUGCCGCCCAUCACCCAGCAGCAGUUCGACAUGUUCAACAACCUGAACACGGAGGACAUCGUGCGACGCGUGAAGGAGGCGCUCUCCCAGUACAGCAUCUCGCAGCGACUGUUUGGCGAGUCUGUGCUGGGGCUGUCGCAGGGCUCCGUCUCGGAUCUGCUGGCACGGCCCAAGCCCUGGCACAUGCUCACCCAGAAGGGCCGUGAGCCGUUCAUACGCAUGAAGAUGUUUCUGGAGGACGAGAAUGCGGUCCACAAGCUGGUGGCCAGCCAGUACAAGAUCGCGCCCGAGAAGCUGAUGCGCACGGGCAGCUACAGCGGCAGCCCGCAGAUGCCACAGGGCCUGGCCAACAAGAUGCAGGCCACGCUGCCCAUGCAGAAGAUGAUGAACGAACUGAAGCUGCAGGAGCCGGCCCAGGCCCAGCACAUCAUGCAACAGAUGCAGGCGGCGGCCGCCAUGUCCGCGGCCAUGCAGCAGCAGCAGGCAGCGGCCGCCCAAGCGGCUGCCGUGCAGCAGGCCCAGGCCCAGGCUCAGGCUCAGGCCCAGGCACAGCAGAGCCACCAGCAGCAGGCCCAACAGCAGGCCCAGCAGCAGGCCCAGCAGCUGCUCCAUCAUCAGAAUAUGCUGUUGACGUCGCCCGGUCUGCCGCCCCAGCAUGCCAUCAGCUUGCCGGCGGCGAGCACGCCCAGCGGCCAGGCGGGCGGCAAUCCGGCGUCUGUUGCCACGCCCGGCAGCAACGAGAAGAAGCCGAUGAUGAUGCCGGUCCAUGGUGGGGCGCAUGCUCCGAAUGCCAUGCGCAGCCUGCACCAGCACAUGUCGCCGACUGUCUAUGAGAUGGCCGCGUUGACCCAGGAUCUGGACACGCACGAUAUAACCACCAAGAUCAAGGAGGCGCUGCUCGCCAACAACAUUGGCCAGAAGAUCUUUGGCGAGGCGGUGCUGGGCCUGUCGCAGGGCUCCGUAUCGGAGCUGCUCAGCAAACCGAAGCCCUGGCACAUGCUCUCGAUCAAGGGACGCGAGCCGUUCAUACGCAUGCAGCUCUGGCUGAGCGAUGCCAACAAUGUGGAGCGGCUGCAGCUGCUGAAGAACGAGCGGCGGGAGGCGAGCAAGCGGCGUCGCAGCACCGGACCCAAUCAGCAGGACAACAGCAGCGACACGUCCAGCAAUGAUACUAACGAUUUCUAUACGAGCAGUCCGGGUCCCGGCUCGGUCGGUUCGUCGGUGGGCGGUGCACCGCCCAGCAAGAAGCAGCGAGUGCUCUUCUCCGAGGAGCAGAAGGAGGCGCUGCGCCUGGCCUUCGCCCUCGACCCGUAUCCGAAUGUGGGCACCAUCGAGUUUCUGGCCAACGAGCUGAGCCUGGCCACGCGCACCAUCACCAACUGGUUCCACAACCAUCGCAUGCGGCUCAAGCAGCAGGUGCCGCACGGCCAGCCCGGCCAGGACAAUCCCAUACCCAGUCGCGAGAACACCAAUGCCACGCCCUUCGAUCCCGUCCAGUUUCGCAUCCUGCUGCAGCAGCGGCUCGUCGAGCUGCACAAGGAGCGCAUGGGCCUGAGCGGUGCGCCCAUACCCUACCCACCGUACUUUGCCGCCGCCGCCCUGCUCGGCCGCAGUUUGGCGGGCAUUCCAGGCGCUGCGGCGGCUGCUGGUGCAGCGGCUGCUGCGGCCGCCGCCGUCGGCGCCGCUGGCGGCGAUGAGCUGCAGGCGCUCAAUCAGGCCUUCAAGGAGCAGAUGAGCGGACUGGAUCUGUCCAUGCCGACGCUGAAGCGCGAGCGCAGCGAUGACUAUCAGGACGAGCUGGAGCUGGACGCCAGUGGCCAGAAUAUGAGCGACAAUGAGUCCAUCGAGGGUGGCCACGAGCCCGAGAACACCACGCCCAUAUCCGAGUACGAGAAGGCGCUGCAGAAGUCGGCGCUCGCCUCGGCCGCCGCUGGCUAUUUGAACAAUGCGGUGCGCAGUUCGCGCCGCAAGCCCGCCGCCCCCCAGUGGGUCAAUCCGGCUGGCGCCACCACGCCCACAGCGGCGGGCGCUGCGGGUGCCGCAAUCGCAGCCGGCGAUAACAGCGCCAGCGAGCGCAUCAUCAACGGCGUCUGCAUCAUGCAGGCCUCCGACUAUGGACGCGACGAGGGCGACAGUGUCAAGGGCGGCGAGUCCAAUGCCGAUGCCGAGCACGAUGAUCAUGCGCACCUGGAGAUCGAGCAGCGCUUCAUGGAGCCAGAGGUGCACAUCAAGCAGGAGGAGGAGGACGACGAUGAGUCGACCUCGCAGCAGCAGCAGCAGCAGCAGCUGGACGACGAGAGCGCCGAGAAGCAGCUGAAGGUGAUCAACGAGGAGAAGCUGCGCAUGGUGCGUGUGCGACGGCUGAGCAGCAAUGGUGAUGGCGAUGAGCAUUGCGCUGCAGUGCAGCAGGCAACGGCAGCGGCAGCGGCGGCAGCAGCAGCAGCAGCAGCCGUUGCAGCGGCAGCAACUGCGACGCCAGCAGCAGCRGCAGCAGCGUGGAACUACUAAGCUAGUAACUGGAACUGGAACUGGAACCGUAACCGGAACGGGAACUGGUUACCAGAGUGCAAUGUUGAAGACGUUUACUUGUGAUUAAGUUUGGCAGCGGCCCCAGAACAUGUUUAGCCACUGGCUAAUAAAUAUAUACACACAUACACACACAUAUAUAUAUAUGUGUAUAUGCAUACAUA